AUGGAAAAUUACUUAAACGAAGAAUCAAACCAUGUUUCGCGUAGCACCUCAAGAACCACGUCUAGUGCAACGGAAGUUUCUACUUCUGUUAGUCGUUCGAUGAGGGAUGUCAGCUGGUACCGCCAGCUUUGGUGGAACACUGGUAACUUUCAUCACAAAGCUAUGUGGAGUGAGGCGAC